ACGGCUCGUUAGCCAUGAGGCGGGGCUCCCAGACCCGGCGGGGCGGGGCCAGACCAUGGCGACGGCGGAGCCCGGCGUGCACGCGGCGCGGGCGUGUAGUCCUGCAGCCCGGCCCGGGGGGACCCCGGCCCGCGUGGCAGGAGCUGCGGGUCCGCCCUCUGGGCGAAGGGGCAGCGGAGUCCCCAGGCUGGGGGAGCGGACCCCGGCGGCUGUGGAGAAGCGGGGGCCCUACAUGGUGACGCGAGCGCCUUCCAUUCAGGCCAAGCUGCAGAAGCACCGGGACCUGGCCAAGGCCGUUCUGCGGAGAAAAGGCAUGCUGGGGGCCUCGCCGAAGCGCCCCGAUUCUUCCGGGAAAAGGUCGGUGAAGUUUAACAAGGGCUAUACUGCUCUUAGUCAGAGUCCAGAUGAAAACCUGGUGUCCCUCGACUCUGACAGUGAUGGGGAGCUGGAAUCCAGAUACUCUUCCGGGUAUUCCUCUGCAGAGGUGAACCAGGAUGUGAGCCGGCAGCUGCUCCAGGAUGGGUAUCACCUAGAUGAGAUUCCAGAUGAUGAGGACUUGGAUCUCAUUCCCCCCAAGCCUAUGGCCUCCUCAACGUGCUCCUGCUGCUGGUGCUGUCUUGGGGACUCUUCCUCCUGUACCCUCCAGUAGACAUAACCCUCUAAGAUGGGCCCUGCUCUCCAUGUCAGCAGAGCCCUGUUGGCCAUUAUUCAUAGUUCACAGAGUGCAGUGGGAACUACUGUCAGCCCCAGAAUCACUGGAGGCACUGACCCUCUGGGAAGGUCAGUGACCUGGUGCUUCUCAGGCCAGAGGCCCCCAUCUGGGUCAUGGGGUGAUGGGUGGAAUUCUGCAGUUUUCCUCUGCUGUUGGAGCAGACUUUGGAGAAACCACUUUAAUAAGGGCAAGAACAGAGGUAAUUGUGGAUCUUAUGGUGAGUGGCAAAGUUGGCUAAGAAAAACACCUGCAGACUUCUUGACUGGUAUUUGUUAUCAUACUCUAGGGAGGGGAAAAGAGAGCUUUUGUGCCCAGGCUAUGCUGGAUGGUGUUAUAUGGAGGCAGAAAAUAGCACUUUAUGACUUGCAGCUGGGAAUCUUUGAAAGCUAAUUUAACUAUUUGGGACCAGUUCAAGAAAUUCCAUGUGUUCUCCUCUUCCUAGCUCCAACGUGGGUUACAUGUUUGACCUUUGAGAGAGCGUAAAGCAGGGCCCUUUGGCUCUCAUCUGGUUGUGCCUGUCUGACUUUGGCAGGGAGUAUAGCAGGUUGCUUGAUGGUACACCAGGAUCAAGGUUCCAGAAUCACUGGACGCAGGGCAUCCCCAACUGGUCCAAUAGUCUGAGUGGGUUUAGUGACUCUGGUCAGGCCAUCCCUAGUUAGAGAAAAACUGCUCCACUAUGUACAUAUUUAUUUGUCUUUCCUUGGUCACCAUUCUUCGCCUUGGUCUUAGCUAGUUCUCCACCUGCUCUUUGAGCUAAAGGUUGGCUGAAGGGACUGGAGCUCACCCAGAAGCCUGCAGUUUUUGAUUACCAGCAGAGGGAGCUGUAGGGAGCAGUCAGGUGCCUUCCUGUUUGUUUAGCUUUUUAAACUUGACUAGCAAUGGGUGAAAGGUACACUGGCACAGUUACGUGGGCUUUGACAUAGACGGAAGCCCAGAGACAGGAUGGGGAAGAGGGACCUAUGCCGGGUCCCAAGGCCCCUGCCUGAGGAGAUAAUUUGCCUUUGCAGAAGGCCUUCCUUCAUCCUAGUGUGGUCCAUUGUAUGCCAUCCAGCCCUCCAGAUUUCUCUGACCACUGCAUGGGCCUCAUGGUGUAUACUCAGCAUUGGGCUUUAUAGUAAACCUCUGGGUGCAACACAGCCUCUCUCAGGCCCCAGUCUGAACACAACAGCAAAGACAGGCAUGAUCUCCCCUGUGAUUACCACUAGAUAACAUCUAUUGCUAUAUCAGGCCUCCUUCUAGAACUUAGUUUUGCAAUGGUUCCUUUUUUUCUUGCCUCAGCCAGAAUUGUGGUGAGGACUGAAUGGGAGUGGACAGAGUUCCCAGCCUAAGGGGCAUGGCAGUCAGGAUUGGGGUGUAGGCUUAACAUGGGAAAGUGCCAGUCUUUUGCUUCAUUUGAUGUCCUAUGACUGCCAGGAAUAUAUGAGGGAUGGCACAGUCUCUUCCGCUACCACAUGGGGUGAUUGGAAGACUGAAAAACAUUGAUAAAAAGGCCUUAUUUGUCAUACGACUGUCCUCAUGAGGAUAAUCCUCUCACUGCUCAAUUGGCAUCUAUCUUGGUGCUUUUCUCAAGUCAUAGAAAGUUGUGAGGAGUAUACGGUAUCCAGGGGGCUGUGGCUAACUUUUAUUCUACAAUCUAGCAGCAUCACAGCAGGAGCGAGAGGGAACAGAGACCAGAGGUACUUCAGGUUGGGGUCUGGGGAAUAGGGGAGGCAGAUAGUUAUUCUGUUCUGGAAUCGGAUGAGAAUGAGAGUUCUGCAGGGAGUGAGAACAUCUCCAUUCUGAAGCCCCUGGCCACCCACAGAGAUUACAUCCAGGCCUUUCUGGUCUCUGCAGAUGUGGAAGAGUGCACAUGAAGAAAGGGUUCAGAAGCAGGACAGUGUAAAAAAAAAAAAAAAGUGGUGGUAGUGGGAAACCCAGUGGGGGCCAGAAAGCGGCUCUGGAAGCUAACUGUGGGGCCACAUUUCUGUGGGGGUUAGUUAAGGCAGAGUAGCUUGAACAUUUGGCAGCUGCUGGGGGGGGAGGGUGGCAGCAGGACUCCAAGACCAAGGCCCUCUGGGUAGUUGUUGCUAUAAAUCAGCAGUGGUGUAUUUGGCUGCAGCUGUCCCUGAAGAGGAUGUUCAGAGCUGGUUGACCCCAUGUGGGAGGUAUUACCUUUGUGGAAAAAGUUGCAGGAACCUGGAACAGAGGACACUGUGCAGCAAGGCAGGGUAGAAAUAGUUGUUUGGGGCCCCAGGCCACGGCCUAAAAUGUCACCAAUAAAAGGCACCAAAGUGCCCAGAGCCAAACUGCCUUAAUUCAGAGUGCUGGGUGUUCUGCAAGUGACACCGCCGUGGGGAGAGAGGUGUGUAUUUGGGCUUACCUCACAGGUGGGAGUGGCACUGUAUGGUAUUUACAGAGUACAGAACUCUUGGCUUAUGCUUCUACAGCUCUGUAAGUUUCUAAGAAUAAAUAGAAUCAUGAUAGUA